CGGUAAUACACUUCCUGUGCAGGAAAGCGCGCGCCACACUCUGAUACCCGACUAAUGCAUGAAACGUUCUGUGUGGAUAUAGCCUAGACCGGAUUAUAGGAUAAUCAUGUAUAAACAUAUUUAAUAUGAACGUCGUUGGAAAUAAUGAUGAUGCGAGGCCGAAGAAGAUGACCUAACUAAAUGGAUAAGAAGGUUACAAAGGUCAGCCCCGCUGAUCCGAUGGACACCAUUGAAAACAUGGAGUCGCCUAGCCACGGGAAGAGUCUGAUCAGUCUCCAUUACAAUGAGGAGGCAGUGGAUGCAGAAAAUGUGGGGGCAGCGCCUGUGGAGACAAUGACGUACCAACAAAGAUGGAUCAGGGACAACAUCAAAAUGAGAGUCUGUACGAAGUUUGUGGAGAAGCCAACCAACGUCAAUAGUGACUUGUUGCCUCCUGUACGAGUCCCAGGCAAAGGUUUACCAGGUAUCCAGUCGGAGGCAGAACCCAUCUGUAGGUGUGGCUACCCCAGGUCCACCCAUGGCCAGUCCUUGUCCUCCGGCACCUCUGGGAUGGAGGACUGGAAAGUGGACACCCAUACAAAGGCCACCAGAACUAAUGCAUUUGGUACUGUGGAGUUCUUGGGGUUUGGAGAGAAUGAAAGAAAUUAUGUUCGUGUGGAUGUGGAUACAAAGAUGAAGGAUAUGAUGGAACUGAUGAUGGAUGUAUGGGGGCUAGAGAAACCCAACCUACUCAUCUCUGUGACGGGGGGUGCCAAAAACUUCACCAUGAAACAGAAACUCAAGGAGGAGUUCAGGCGUGGCCUUAUGAAAGUAGCCCGCAGUACAGGAGCCUGGAUUAUUACCGGCGGGACCAAUGCUGGAGUGAUGAAGCAUGUGGGUGAGGCGGUCAGGGACUACGGACUGGUGUCUGCCUCCACUAAUCCAAUCAUCGUCAUCGGGGUCGCCACAUGGGGCUGUAUACAAAACAAAGAGGAUCUUACAGAUUCUGAGUGUCGGGGAAAGUGGCCAGCUUCUUACAGACUUGGAAAGAAACAAAGACCAAAGGAAAGCUUUUUGGACCCAAACCACACUCACUUUGUACUGGUGGACAAUGGGACACAGCACCAGUUUGGAGUGGAGAUCCCAUUCCGAGCUUGGAUGGAAAAUUCUAUUGCUAACAUGAAAACCAACACUGGGAAAAACGCCUCGGUGUAUGUCCCUGUGGUGCUCUUAGUUUUGGAGGGGGGACCAGGAACGCUGGAGACAGCCCACCAAGCUGUGGCCAAUAACACUCCCAUAGUCAUAGUGCAGGGAUCUGGAAGAGCAGCAGACAUAUUGGCAUAUGCAUAUCAAAAUUCCAUAGGAGAAGAAAUAGGUGCAACAGAUCAAGAGGGAAAAACUAAAAAGAUAACACAGACAAUAUUUGAUGCCUCAGUGGAAGCAGAAAUUCGAAAUCAGGUGGAAGAGAAUUUUGGAAAGAAGAAUCUUGUGAGACAUUGUGAGAUGGUGAAAGAGACCUUGAAAAACCGUGACCUUGUGACAGUGUUUGAAUUCAGUAUUGGAGGUAGGGGGUCAUCCAAGGAUAUAGACAGGGCCAUCCUGCAGGCAUUACUAAGAGCUAACAAGGAUCAAAUUUUUGACCAGUUAAAGUUGGCUUUAGCAUGGAACAGAAUAGACAUUGCCAAAAGUGAGAUCUUUACAGACGAUCGCUUCAUUCAGUAUAAGGAGGGUGUUAAUCGGCACAGAAACAAAGAUGUGCCAAGUAUGCUGUUUGAGAUAAUGCAGUCUGCCCUGAUUUUGAAUCGAGUCACGUUUGUGGAACUGUUGAUGGAUAAUGGGGUUAACCUCAAAGAUUUCCUCACCAAGAAAAGGCUACUGAAGCUCUACAACCAUAGAGACUUAUAUGACUCAUCAAGUAAUAUGAUGCAAGAGAUAAACAAGAAUACCCAGCUCUAUCAGCUCCUGGACAAAAUUCGCCGAAAAAAUGGAAAUGAAAAGUAUAUUUCCUUGGUGGAUGUUGGUUGCCUGAUCCAGGAUCUGAUUGGGGAUUUCUACACACCCUGGUACCUGCUUGACCCCAAGGUCAGGGAUCUAGAUGUGGAAUACCUACUGGACGGGGUGUCGGCCAAGUGUAUGGGGAUGCCAGGAAUCAAGAAGGGAAUACUGUCCAUGGCAACAGGACAAAAACAAGAGACAGUGGAAAAUGAACUUUUGACAUCAGAUGAAUAUCAAGUCCCAGAUUUUGACAACCCUUUCCAGGAACUAUUUCUUUGGGCAGUUUUACUCAACCGACAGGAAAUGGCCAAAAUUUUAUGGAAAGGAGGAAAGGAUGCUACAGCAGCAGCUCUCGUGGCCAGUGGGAUGUUGAACUCACUCUCUAGACAGACAGACGACACUGAGUUAGCCAAAAAACUCAAAGAAAAUUCACAAGAAUUCUCCAAUCUUGCCAUAGCUGUGUUGAAUGAGUGUUAUGAUGUGGAGGAGAAGAAGGCUCAGAACCUUCUAAUCCGUGAGUUGGAGCAUUGGGGGGCUGCCACUUGUGUACUUCUAGCCGUUGAAUCUAACAACAAGAAAUUCAUCUCCCAAACAGCCUGUCAGACACUGCUGAAUAAUGUUUGGAUGGGUCACCUGUCCCUGGACAAUCAGCUGCUGCAGCUGUUGCUGUGUGUCUUUAUACCCCCUCUGAUAUUUCCUGUGAUCAAGUUUAAGGGUGACAGUGACCAAGAUGGCAUUGAGAAUCUUCAGGAGAAGGGUGUUCUCAGAGACAAAAAAAGAAAACUAGAAAAGCAGAAAACAUUGAGCUCUAUACCUGUAAAAGAAGAAAAAGAAGACCCGCAGGUGGAUUAUGAAUCAAAACCAUCAAAUCUCAGCUUUUGGAAAAAGCUCUAUUAUUUUUAUACAGCACCUGUCAUUAUUUUUGCGCAUAAUGUGUUGUCCUAUGUGAUAUUCCUGGGGCUGUACAGCUACAUCCUUCUGGUCAAGUUCAAUAAAGAUGUCUCCAAUGAAGAGAUUAUCCUGAUUAUUUGGGUGUUUAGCAUAUUUGCUGAGGAGGUCCGACAGUUAUUGUCGCAGUAUUCAAUAUAUGAGAGAAUUACAAUAUAUCGUACGUCCACCAAUCAAAAUGCCUCACAUAUCAUCAACCCCAGUGCUUCCAAUAACACUCAGAGUUUUCGAGGCAAAAAUCACUCAUUUCACCCCCCUCAAAAGAUGCAAUCCUCCUCGACCAAGAACUUCAAUACCAAGCUACACAGCUAUAUAACUGAUCCGUGGAACAUCGUUGAUGUGGCGACCAUUUUUAUUUUUGUGAUGGGAAUCGUCCUGCGCUUCCUCCGCUUUGACUCCACCUUGGAGGCUGCCCGUUGUGUCAUGGCUCUCAACUUAGUCAUCUUUUUCUUUAGAAUUUUACAUAUAUUUUCUGUCCACAAACAACUUGGGCCAAAGCUUGUCAUGAUUGGGAGAAUGCUGAAGGACCUGCUGUAUUUCAUCAUCAUCCUAAUGGUGUUUGUGGUGUCUUACUCAAUAGCAGCAUACUCUGUCAUGUACCCCAAUUCAGAGCUCAGCAUAGUCCUUGUUUACAAUGUGAUGAGACUUGGAUACUGGAACUUGUAUGGGGAACUUUUUUUGGAAGAUAUUGAAAGGGAAGAGCCAGACUGUAGUUUUGAUGACAGUGUGUACAGUAAUGGCAGCUUACCUAGGUGUCCCUCUGCAGUCAGUCGAUAUGCAGUGCCAAUCCUCAUGGGCUUUUACGUGCUCUUCUGUAAUAUUCUACUUCUAAACCUACUCAUUGCUAUGUUCAGCAACACAUAUCAGAUUGUACAGGAAAAUACUGAUCAGUACUGGUGUUUCCAGCGCUACCGCCUGAUCUAUGAGUAUUACACACGCCCCACCCUGGCCCCACCCCUUAUUCUGAUAAGCCAUAUGGCUUUGUUCAUUCGAUGGAUUUUCGGGAAAUGUUCCUUCUGCUUGUCCAGUCAGCCCAGUGACUUGAUCAAAAGGUUUUCAUCAGACAAGGCAAGAGAGCUAGUGCAAUGGGAAAAUAUGAUUGCAGAUGCAUUUAUGAACCGCCUGGAGCUAGAAGAGAAGAAAAACAUUGAAAACCGAGUCAUUAAUACACAAGAAUCGAUACAUGAGCUGUUCUUCAAGCUGGAUGAGCUACAGGAUUUGCAGGCCACCUCGGGAUCCUCGGGACAGGCACCUAUCUCCAAGGCCCCUGUUAAUCAGGUGGUCAGGAUGCCUCCACAAAUGGACAAGAGACUAUUGGCCCUGGAGGAGCAGAUGCAACAAAGUACUGUAGCUUUAAAUUGGAUCAUGAAAAUAUUACAAGAACAAGAGAAGAACACAAGAGUGGCACCGAUGCUUGAAGACAAGAGAGAAAAUGAAAAACAGAAGAAGGAGAAAGACAAGGCAUUGGUAAAAAAUACUGUAGAGGAGAGAAAACGUUUAAACUACAAGGCUAGACUGCCCUGCUACCCCCAAAGUCUUAUCAACAGGUUCCCCGUCCCUGACCACAAAGUCAGCUGGGAGAUUCCUUUUCCGGAAUAUGAUCCAGUUAUAUAUGAGGCACCUGAGGUUAAAGAACAUCCAUAUUGGGCCGAUACUAUAGACCUUAUCUUCAUGAAGCCUGAAGAGAGAAUUGGAAAGAUAAAGUUCAAUGAAUAUGAUGACUUAAAUAAAGUUAACAGAAAAAGUUACGUAGGUACAUACCAGGUACAAGAUGGGCUUCCAUUAAACCCUACAGGUCGAACAGGUUUAAUUGGUCGUGGUCUCCUUGGACGAUAUGGGCCGAAUCACUGUGGGGAUCCCAUUGUGACCAGAUGGAAAAGAGAUGAUAUAGGAAAAGUCGUCAUGAAAGAGGGGAAAAAGGUGUUGGAGUUUGUUGCCAUUUUCAGGAAAGACAAUAAAUUAUGGUCAAUUCCAGGGGGAAUGUGUGAACCUGGGCAGAAAGUUUCUCAGUGCCUGAAGGCUGAGUUUACAGAGGAAGCGUUGGGGUCCUUGGUCGAAGACAGCAACAUGGAGGAAAAAAUUAAAAGUGACCUCAAAAUCAUGAUGGAGGAAGGAGAGGAGAUAUAUAAAGGAAUUUGUGAUGACCCUCGCAAUACUGACAAUUCUUGGCUGGAAACUGUUGUGUUCAACUAUCAUGAUGACACGGGAAAAGUCCUUCAUCCAUUUUUAUUAAGGGCAGGAGAAACAGUGGAAGCAGCAAGCUGGCUGGAGGUGUCUUCCAGUCUUAUGCUCCACUCAUCUCAUCUGUACUAUGUCCAACUCGUGGCUGAGAAACUAAAUGCUUUUUUCUGAAAGGCAAAUCAUGGGAUUCUACAGAUGAACUUAAAAAUGUUAAUCAUGGAAUGUAUUCAUACCUGAAAACUUGCAUAUUUUAUCACAUUUUGAUUUUUGCUGGCCUUAUUAUUCAUAUUGUGUUUGUUAUUGAAAUAUACUUCACAUACAAAGAUUUAAUUGAGAAGCCUAUUGAUGAAUUACUGUAUAUCAGGUUCACUGUGAUAGAUUCAAGUGCCUUUUUUGGUUCAAUUCUGGUUUUAUAAAUUUGGAUACAUUUUCUGCUAGUUUGGCAUGGAAUAAUUGGCUUUGCUGCAAGAACAGUUUGUUAAACAAUUUAAAAAUAUGCAUAUAAAAUUUUGGACUUUUUACUUUUUAAGUUCAAAAAUAUUCUAUCUAAUAUUUGUAUUAUCAUACAUAGCGUAUAAGGUAAUAUUGUUAUAUGAAUAUUUGAUGCGACCCUAAAAUAUAAAAGCUGCUUGGUCCGAUUUCAUUUCAAAUUUUGUGUACGCUUUCAAACGAUGGUUAUGGUUGUACAUGUAUUACGACUUUGACAUCGCUAUAAAUAAAGCUCAUAAUGUUCAUGCAAAUUAAAAAUAACCUGUGUACAUUUUUUUCGUUCAUAUUUCUGUUGUUUGCUUUGUUUACAAUUGAUGCAUAACAUGCGGGGUGAAUAAACCCAAUCAUUCGGGGACGAAACCAACCGGUUCCGUUUUUAAACAUUCCCAUGAUGCAUUUUGGUUUGUUUUUUCGUUUGCUUAAAAAGAAAUUAUUUUUAUUUACUUUGAAUAUUUCUAACUUUGAAAGGAGACCGAUUCUGCUGGUGUAAAUAGGAGAAAGUCCAUUACUUUCUAAGAUUAUUGCUUUGUAUAGAAAAAUUAUUUGAUACUAGCUGUAAUAACCAAAAAAAUCGGACCAAGCAGCUUUUAUUUGAAUUAUCAAAUCGAUAGUUCUGUUAUUUUAAUCCUGUGUGUUUUAACAUGGGUUCAGUUUAAGGAGGUUAUUAUCUAUUUUGUUUGCUUUUUCUAGUUUCACUUCUCCAAUAUACAUGUAGGAAGUGUACAAAGGUAUUUCAAAUUAUGUACUCAAAUUAUUAUUUGCAGGCAUAAUAAAUUGUUAUUUGACUUAUGAUACAUGCAUGUGAUUCGAAUGCUGUGAUGGAAUUUAUUUUACUUAUACAUAGUUAUUAUUUUACUCACGUAUUUUACAUGCUUUCCAGUCCCAUUGAGAAAAUAAACUUUUUACAUAUGUUUUUAUCUUCUUGUGUCCCUCUACUUUAAACUUUCCAGUUUUCUUUUUUUAGCAUAUAAAAACAAAACUUUGACAUGUUGAAAAAUUGUAGUGUAGAUUUUACGUUAACAAGUAAGAUAGUGUAUCAAAAUAAAGGUAGCUUGAUUGUUUUAUGUCUGAAUAUAUCCCUCUGGUUGAGAAGUUUUUAGUAUGGGUUUUACAGGUACAAGUAAGAUAGUAUAAUUAUUAAAAUUAUAGGUAACAUGAUUUUGUUAUAUGAAAAAAUAUAUAUAUGACUUACGUGUACAUAACCAUAAUUAUAACAUGGUAUUAAACAAUUCCACUAUUCAGAACCAGAUGCAAUUUCCAUAAUUCAAGUGAGUUUAUUAACAGAAACUCAAUACAUCUGUAAGAAUGAAAAAUGUCCAUUGUUUUGAAUUACCGGUAAUUUAUAACGCAGUAAUUCUAGACGGAUGUUUAUGGAAUCUGAAAGACUGGAUCAGUGUAAAAGAUGUGAUAAAAUUUUAUUUGCAAAAAUUUAAAAUGAAAGCUAAAGGGUUUAUUAAGUUCAUAUUGUCCUGUAUUUUUUAAUAUGAUCACUACAAAGAAAACUAAUUGGUGUUGAGAUAUGCCCUGAUUUUAUUUUUUUACAUUGUUACUAUUUACUUAAUUAAAUUGAAUUAUUUAGUUUCAUAAUGUUAACUUCAUUAAUCACGUUGCAGUAUUUUAUAAAAAUUCCAUUUAGGUUAUGAGUUAUAUUAUUUUAGUUCUCAAAAAUUUAUUGAAUUUGCGGGAUUUUUUUUUUUUUUUGAAAAUUGUGAAUAUUUCUCUUAAAAACAAAAUUUAGCUUAUUUAACCAGUUUUAAACAAUCUGUAUCUUAUUGCUGACUUUCUAAUGAAAUAAGAGUAUUUUAUUUUGUAACAUAUACACGUUCAUGUUUUCUUGUGUAUGAAAGUUUGUUAAAAGUUUGGGCUUUUUCUGUAUGCAUAUGUAUGUGUAAAUGAAUGCUAACAAUUCCUUGUUGAUAAUAAAUCAAUUUACAAAUACAAAGAA